AUGUUCCACAACAGCCCCCCCAAGCGCGCACAGGCGCCCAGUCAGCAACCUCUGCCUCUUGAUCAUUGGCCGCUAAGCGCGGGACAAGCAGCCAUCUCAGCUCGUGGACAAAACAUAAGAGAAGCGCAGGUCAAGGACUUUCCUAACUAG